AUGAGUGAAAUUCCUGUGGCGCCACCGAGGAAAUCGCUAGAUUCGAUGCCUCAGCCACUUCCGCGAACUCGUUCGAUGCGGAAGGCGAGGAAAAUGGAGGUUUGUGGCGGGAAAAUUGGAAAAUUUGAUGUUUCUGGGUGGAUUUGGGUGAAAAUUUGGGUUCUGGAGGUGAUUUCUAGGCUUUGGAGUUCGAAAUUUAGGUCUGGAAGUGAUUUUUGAGCUCUGGAGCUGAAAAAUCAGUUCCAGAGCUGAAAAUUUCAGUUUUGAAGCUAAUUUUCAGGCUCCAUAGCUAAUUUCUAGGCUCUUGAGCUCAAAAAUUGGUUGCAGAGCCAUUUUUCGAGCUUCAGAGCUCAAAAAUUGUUUCCAGAGCAAGUUUUUGAGCUCUGAAGCUCAUUUUUCAGUUCCAAGGCUCAAAAAUUGAUUUCGGAGCCGAAUUUUGAGCUCUAGACCUGAUUUUUAGGCCCGAAAGCCCAAAAAUCGAUAUUUCUACCAAAAAAGUGCUAAUUUUCUCCCAUCUUUUACAUAAAAAUAUAAAAGUUUUUGUUUAUUUUCACACGACCUUUUGGGCUGGCGCCAAAAAAAACUACGAUUUCUUCGUUUUUUUUGUUGGUGCCAGUUGUAAACUAUUUGGUGGUGUGAGAAAAUUUGAGUUUUCGCUGAAAAAAUGCUGAAAAUCCCGAGUUCCUCUGGAUUUCCAGCAUUUUUUGUGGCGAGCUUGCGGAAGCUAUGCUCAAAAAUUGAUUUUUGACUCAAAAGGCUAAAAAUAUCUGAAAAUCCAAAAUUUUCGCUGAAAAAAUGCUGAAAAUCCCGAGUUUCUCUGGAUUUUCAGCAUUUUUUGUGGCGAGCUUGCGGAAGCUCUGCUCAAAAAUUGAUUUUUGGCUGAAAGUCCCGAAUUUUCGCUGAAAAAAUGCUGAAAAUGCCGAGCUUCUCUGAAUUUUCAGCAUUUUUUGUGGCGAGCUUGCGGAAGCUAUGCCCAAAAAUUAAUUUUCGACUCAAAAGGCUAAAAUUAUCUGAAAAUCCCGAAAUUUCGCUGAAAAAAUGCUGAAAAUCCCGAGAUUCUCUGGAUUUUCAGCAUUUUUUGUGGCGAGCUUGCGGAAGCUAUGCCCAAAUUUUUAGCUGACAUUUUUUUCAGCCAAUCUUCGAAACCUCUUCGCUGACACCGUCUGAAAUCGCUGAAAUGUCAGCUCGAGCAAUUGCAGCGGCUCGUUCGCGAACCGCUGAAAAUUCUCGACCUAUUUCAGCAUAUGCUGCGGCUGAAAAUGGAAAUCCGGCUGAAAAUGGGCGGAGCUUGCGAAAAUCCGAAAAAAAUCGACGAAGAGCCAGUAUUGCUGUGUUGCCAAUGGAAAGAACGUGAGAAUUUUUUGAAUUUUUCAAUUUUCGCGCCUGCUACAGUAAUCCAAAUCGCUUUAGGACCCAUUUUUCGGCUAGAAUAGUGGUUUUUGGGUCCUGAAACAAAAAAUCUACAGUACUCUUGUCGAACUGCAAAAAAUCAAUUAAAAAUCCAAUUAAAUAUUGGUCAUAAUGUAUAUUUAUAAUAUGAGUCAUUGAAUUUUGCAUGAAUGACCUUUUUUAUUGAUUUUUGGCGCGAAAAUCUACAGUAGUUAGCCACGUAGCGUUUUUGGCGCGAAAAAUUGCGCUACAGUACCCCCUGGGCUCAUUUGAUAUCAAAAAUUCCCAAUUUUUCACAGGCUGAGCCCCGAAUUUGGUGCAAUUCGUGUUCAAGUCGAAGAUAUCACCACAAACGCUGAAAAUCUCCAUCUGGAAGCGGGUAAUUUUUUAUUUUUUCUGAAAAAAUCGGAUUUUUCGACGAAAUUUGACCCGGAAAACAUGUGUUUUUGAUUUUUUCGCGAGAAAAAUUGAUUUUUACAUUGGAAAAUUGCGAUUUUCUCAUGUUUUAUACGAAUUUUUGGCCAGAAAUCUUGUUUUUUACUUAAAAAAUGACAAAGUUUCAUGUUUUCUAGUCAAAAUUGGCCAGAAAUCUUGUUUUUUACUGAAAAAUGUCCAGAAAUCUUGAUUUUUACUAAAAAUUGGCCAGAAACCUUGUUUUCUAGUCAAAAAUGUCCAGAAAUCUUGAUUUUUCAUGAAUUUUCAUCCCAAAUUCAAUUUUUCUCGCAGAUUUGGACGAGACUGAAACAUCGACUGAAACCAUUGUUCAGCAAGAAGAUCAGGAUCUGGAAAAUUCAAGAAAAUCGGAAGAAAUGAUAAGUUGGGCGGUGCCAAGUGAAUAUGCGACAAGUCCAAUUGUAGAAGCAUUAGAGGAGAGUCGAAUUGAGGAGGUACGGUAGAUUUUGGCGGGAAAAUGAGCGAAAAAUUAGAUUUUUCGUGAUUUUUGACCCCGGGAAGAGAUUUUUCGCGGUUUCUAGGCCACAUUUCCUCUUUUAAAAUGAAAAUUUGGAUUUCUAGGCCAUAUUUUCUCUUCCAAAGGGAAAAUUUGGGAUUCUAGGCCAUAUUUUCUCUUCCAAAGGGAAAUUUCGGGUUUCUAGGCCAUAUUUUCUCUUCCAAAGGGAAAAAUUGGGAUUCUAGGCCAUUUUUCCUCUUCACAGAGUGAAAAUUUGGGUUUCUAGGCCAUGUUUGGAUUCCUCGUCCCCCGAAAAUUACCUUUAAAUUAUCCUUGAACCACUUUUUUCCCCCAAAAUAACCUUGAGUUAGAAAAAAAGGUUCAAAUUAGUUUUGAAUCAUUCAAUUAUUCCACUUUUUUUCGUUUUGGGAGGUUUUUUGGCCUGAAAAAGCCUAUUUUUGGCCUGAAAAAGCCCGAUUUUGGCCUGAAAAAGCCUAUUUUUGGCCCCCAAGAGGCUCAUUUUCAAUUUUCAGAGACCCCCUCCCAAAAUUCCGGCAAUUUAUAUGAAUUUGGGCGAAGAAUCGGCUGAUGAUGGAAAUUAUUCGGAUUUUGUAAUCAGACGAAAUUCCUCGACGAAUUUCAGCCAAAAUUCGACGACUUCUGCUAACUCGGUGACACUUUUGGAGCAAAUUAUUCGAACUCAUGCGAUUUGGUGAGCAUUUUGAGCUAAUUUUUGGGAUUUUUGGACAAUUUUGAGCUGAAAAUCAUGAUUUUCAGCCUGAAAUUGACCUGAAAUUAAUUUCAGGUAUCUUCCGCAUCUUGGACGACCAGAAGUAUUGCAUUUGCUCAAAAGAAUGGAACCUGGGGUAUGAUUUUGACCAAAAUUAUGAAAUUUUGGCCUAAAAAUUGGCCAGAAAUAUUGAUUUUCACUCAAAAUCAACCAAAUUUCAUGAUUUUUAACUCUAAAAAUUCAAAAAUUCAAAUUUUUCCCUUACAGAAUUUCAUCGUCCGCGCCUCAACCCGUGAAAAUUGUAUGGCCCUCUCAAUGCGACUUCCACAAGCCUCUGGAAUGGAAACUGAUCAUUAUAUCAUCGAAAAAAUUCAUGUUCCCGGAAAUUUGACGAAUGUGGUUGGUCCUGGCACGAAAAUUUGAUCUACCUACAGUAAUCCGGUGAAAAAACGCGAAAAAAUGAGCCAUUUUUGAAGAAAAUUGGAUUUUUCGCGCGAAAUUUUGAUCUACAGUAAUCCAAGAACUGCAAAAAGUUCUACAGUAAUCUAAGAACUGCAAAAAGGCUACAGUAACCUGAGAACUGCAAAAUUAAAGAAGCUACAGUAAUCCAGGACUGCAAAAGGCUACCGUAAUCUAGGACUGCAAAAGGCUACAGUAACCCAAGAACUGCAAAUUAAGAUGAUCUACAGUAAUCUAAGAACUGCAAAAUUUUUUGAAAUUAGAAAAUCUACAGUAAUCCGAGAACUGCAGAAAUAUCUACAGUAAUUUAAGAACUUCAAAAAGGCUACAGUAAUCUAGGACUGCAAAAGGCUACCGUAAUCUAGGACUGCAAAAGGCUACCGUAAUCUAGGACUGCAAAUUUAGAGAAGCCCACAGUAACCCAAGAACUGCAAAAAAUCAUGAAUUUCUAGAAAAUCUACAGUAACCACCAUUUUUGGAGUCAAAUUCUGAUCUAUAGUAAUCCGACUGCAAAAAUGCUGAAAAUUUGUGAAUUUCAGGUUCGACUUGAGGGAAGUCCACGAACUUUUCGAUCGCUGCCACUUUUGAUUGAACAUUAUUGUGUAAAUGAGUGAGUUUUGGCUGAAAAUGGCUGAAAAUUUCCAGAUUUUUGAUCUGAAAAUGCUGAAAAUCCCAAAUUUUCCAGCGAAGAAUUGUUGAUUCGCCUCCAAUUGCCUGCUGCAAUUCGAAAUUGCACAACUACCAAACAACUUCAGAGUAUUUCGCUUAUGCAACAAGGUUGGUUGGGUUUUUGGGCUGAAAAUUUGAAAUUUUGACUGAAAUUUUGGAUUUUUCAUCGAAAAUUGAGCUGAAAAUGGUGAUUUUCAGCAUUUUCUAGGCUUAAAAUCACUGAAAAUCCCCAAAAUUUACACCAAAUUCGCUAAAAAAAUUUGUUUUCCCCCAAUAAAAGGUCUCCAGAUGUUGUUUUUUGAUUUAUUGCCACAUUUUUCCGUGGAUUUUUAUUCCACCCCAUCUCCGAUUUUUAUUGAUUUUUCUCAUUUUUAUGAAAUUUCGAGGAGAAAAAUCCAGAAAUUUUCACUUUUUUCCCGAAAUUUUCGACUAAUUUAUGCAUAUUUUUAUUUGUUUUUUAAUUAGGAGAAUUUUGAAGGGUUUUGGAGUGAAUUUUGGCCUAAAAAGCCUGAAUUUUAGGCCUAAAAAUAGCCUAAAUAUGGGCCUAAAAUAAGGUCUAAAAAGCCUGAAAGUUGGGCCUAAAAUAGGGCCUUUAAGUAGCCUAAAAAUGGGCCUAAAAUACGGUUUAAAGUAGGGUCAAAAGCCUGAAUUUUAGGCCUAAAAUAAGGUGUAAUAAUCCUGAAUUUUAGACCUUAAGUAAGGCCUUAACUUUGUCGGAAUUAGGGCCUAAAAUAGGGCCUUAAAACAGCCUAAGAAUAGGCCUUAAAACAUAGGCUUUUUUGAUGAUGUUAGGCCCUUUUAGGCCCAAAAUCUAGGCCUAAUCGAUUUUUUCUGUCCAAUUUUGUUUAACACAAAAAAUUAUGAAACAAAAAGUGUAAUAUUUUUGUGUCUGUCAUUUUUUGCGGUUUAUUAUGAUAAAGAAGGUCUAGGCCUAAAAAAAAGCCUGGUUUUUGGAUUUUUCAGGCCGAAAUAGGCCUGAAAUUGUUAAUUUUUGACCUGAAAUUGAUUAGACGAUCCUGAAAUCGACCUAAAUUUAAAAUUUCUCUGAUGAAAAUUGCUAGAAAAUUUGUUUUUGGGGUCAAUUUUUGACCAGAUUUUCGAAUUUUCCCACCAGAAAUCCUAGAUUUUCCCGAAUUUUCUCGAAAAAUCCAGAUUUUAUCAUUGGAUUUGACCGGAAAGACCUUGAAAAUUAGCCAAAAUCAAGAGAGAGAUAAUUAGUCGAUUUAUAUCCUAAUAAUAUAUCUUUUUCUCUCCUCUCCUCUCCUCUUUUUUUCCCCCGAAAAUUUAUACAAAAAUCGGGAUAUACACUAAUAAUAGGUAGUUCUCCCUUUUUUUUUCUUUUUACCGCAUUUUUAUAUUAUUUAUUAUUAUUAUUAGGUUAGGUUUGACCUUGGGAUUUUCACCCAGAAAUUUGGAUUUUUGAGGUUUUCUGGGUGAAAAAGGAUGAAUUUUGACCGGAAAUUUGGGUUUUUCAUGAAUUUUUGAUCCGGAAACCAUAUUUUCCAUGUUUUUUGACCCAAAAUUGAGAUUUCUCGUGAAUUUUCAAUGCCACGUGGCAAAAUUCUGGAUUUUUUUUUGGUUAACAUGAGCAAUUUUGGAUAUUUUCAUUUUUAUCCAGAAAAAAAUCCUGUUUUCUCCAGUUAUGAGCAAUGCUUUGAAAAUUUAUCAAUUUCUGGAAUUUUCAUAGAAAAAUUUGGUUAAUAUGAGCAAUUUCUUCAUUAUCUUCAAAAAUCUUGCUUGUAAUAACCGAUUUUCUGGUUAAUAUGAGCAAUGCUUUGAAAAUUCGAAAUUUUUUGAAUUUUUGACCUAACAUGAGCAAUCCUAUUCUCUUGUUUCCUAUACUGUACAGAAAAUGCGAUGGGUUUCAAAAAUACGAAUUUGUCUUCUUUUAACCAAGAGAAACACAACAAACAAAUUGGAAAAUAAAAAUAAAAGUAUCCGAUUUCAAAAAGUCGUUUUUCUUUUUGAGAAACUUUUUGUGUUGGAUAUUUUUGACCGAAAAUUAGGGUUUUGAGCUAGAAAAUUGAGUUCUAGGCUGAAAAGUUUGGAAAAUUUGAAUUUUCUGGGUCUGGAAAGCCUUUAGGGCCUGAAAUUAGGUUAUAGGCUCAAAAAAUCUGACAUUUUCAGGUUUUUUGGGUCUAGGAAGCCUAAAGCCUGAUUUAGGGCCUGAAAUUAGGUUAUAAACUCAAAAAAUCCUGAAAUUUCUGAUUUUUUGGGUCUAGAAAGCCUAUGGACUAUUUAAAUGCCCAAAAAUGAGUUCUGGGCUUAAAAAAAUCCUGAAAUUUCUGAUUUUUUAGGUCUAGAAAGCCUAAAGCCUGAUUUAGGGCCACGAAAGCCUGAAAAAUCCAAUUUUCAUGCCAAAAAUGCUCCCAGGAGCUCAUUUUCGAGCCCAAAAAUGCUCUUUUUCUCAAAAAUCCCACAUUUUCCACCCAAAAUUGGAUGUUUUCCCCCAAUUUUUGCCUGUUUAUUUGUUUUUCUUCUCUUCUCCUCCUCUUUUUUCUUCUUUUCUUUCUGUCGUCGCCACAUUUGACAAGUUUUACGACACCUUUUUGGUGUCACAGUACUGUUUUUUUUGUUUGUUGUACUAUAAAAAAUGACCCCUAGAAAAAUCUGAUAAAAAUGGAGGUUUUGGGUGAUUUUUGAGCCUGGAAUUGGAAUUUUGGCACAAAAUUUGGUCCUGGAGGAGUUUGAGCUCAAAAAUUUGGGAAUUUUCGAGGUUUUUGAGCCCAUGAGCCUAUUUUUAGCCUGAAAAAUUGAUUUUCAUGGAUUUUUAAGGUCCAGAAGUGUCCCUAGAUGUAUUUUGACCAGAAAAUCUGGAAUUUUCCAGGUUUUUGAGCCCAGGAGCCAUUUUUUGCUCAAAUUUUGAUUUGGAGCAAUUUCUGAGACGGAAAUGCUCAAUUUUUGAGAUUUAUUGAACCAGGAAGACCAUUUUGAGCUAAAAAUUUGAAAAUUUUCGAAUUUUUCAAGCCUAAGGGCCAUUUUCAGGCUUUCUAGACCCAAAAAUUUGAAAAAUUUCCGAUUUUUCAAGCCUAAGGGCCAUUUUCAGGCUUCCUAGACCCAAAAAUCUGAAAAUUUUCGAAUUUUUAAGCCUAAGGGCCAUUUUCAGGCUUCCUAGACCCAAAAAUUUGAAAAUUUUCGAAUUUUUCAAGCCUGAGGGCCAUUUUCAGGCUUUCUAGACCGAAAAAUCUGAAAUUUCUUGUUUUUUUCAAGCCUAAGGGCCAUUUUCAGGCUUUCUAGACCCAAAAAUUUGAAAAUUUUCGAAUUUUUAAGCCUAUAGGCCAUUUUCAGGCUUCCUAGACCCAUAAAAUUUGAAAAAAAAAAUUUUUUUCAAAUUUUUAUAGUAAGUUGUAAAAAGAAGCCUCAGAAAAUUAGUAGUUUUUAGUUGUUUUCCAAUGAAUUUUAUAAAAGCUUCUUCUUCCCGAAGAAAAACCGAUAAAAAUUUAUGGGUUUUCAAUGUUUUCUGGUCGGAAAAUGCACUUUUUCGAGAAAAAUCCGGGAUUUUUGAGCAAUUUUGAGCCAGAAAACUUGAUUUUUGGCUAUUUUUGAGUAAAAAUCAAGAUUUCUGGCCAAUUUUGACCCAAAACUAUUGAUUUCUGGCCAUUUUUCAUGAUUUUCCCACUAAAAUCCUCGAUUUUCCACCCAAAUUUCAUUUUUUUGCAGAUUUCUGGACAAGUGAUAUGUCAUUAUCACGACGAAAACCGUCGAGAUCUUUGUCGAGAUGUUCGAUGGCUUCAACGGAUACGUUGAGGAAAAUGGGUGAGAUUUUUGGGUUUUUCAUGAAAUUUUGGGUCUGGAAGUGGGAAAAAUGGAAUUUUAGCUGAAAAUUUGAAAUUUUCAGCAAAUUUUGAACCUGGAAGCUUGAAAAUCUGAAUUUUCAGCCAGAUUUUUGUAUUUUUAUGGAAUUUUGAACCCGGAAGCUUAAAAGAUGGAUUUUUCAUGUAAAAAUGGGUCUGGAAGUGGGAAAUCUGAAAUUUUGACUGAAAAUUCGAGUUUUUCAGCAAAUUUUGAACCUGAAAGCUGAAAAUCUAGAUUUUCAGCCAGAUUUUUGGAAUUUUCAUGAAAAAUUCAGUUUUCUAGCUGAAAUUUUCAGAUUUUCAGCCUGAAAUUCAAUUUUUUUUCAGAAACCGCUUCAACUUGGUUCAUGAAUAAUUCGCCGGCUGAAAAUGAGAGUACUGUAGGUGGAAAAAUCGAGGAUCUCAAGAAUAACAAUAAAAUGGUGAGUUUUCGGGCUAAAAAUCUGUAAUUUUGGCUGAAAAUUGAUGAAAAAUCAUGAUUUUCAGCAUUUUUAAGCCCAAAAUUGUCUGAAAAUCGACAUUUUUCCAGCCGCUACCCAAAAAACGCUCAAAUUCGCGUUCGAGUUUGUCUAACUCGAGAUUUGCCACAGUCUGUGUUGGAGACUUUCAAUCUGGUGCUUCUGGAGAAGAUGAGACGGAUUUUUGUGGAUUCACCGGAUACAGUAGGCCCGAUGUUGAAAGUAGGCUUUUUGGGGGCUUUUUGGGCCGGAAAAGUGGAAAUUUGGUGAAAAAUGGUCCAUUUUGACCUGAAAAUCUCGAUUUUUUGGUCAAAAAUCGAUUUUUCUCCCAUUUUCCCCACUCAAAAUCCUGUCCUAAAAGUAACUUUCAAUUUUUGGAAUUAGAAUAAUCUUCUUCCUUUUUUUCUGCGAAAAAUGGAGAAGAAGAAGAUUAGUUUGGUAUUUUUGUAUUUGACCAUUUUUCUGACCAAUUUUUGUACAGAAAAAUUGAUUUUUAGACGAUUUCUAGGUGAAAAUUGAGGUUUUCUAGGUCUAGAUACUGAAAAUGCUGAAAAAAUCGAUUUUCCAGUCAUUUCUAGCUAGAAAACUGCAUUUUUGAUGAAAAAUCUGAAAAUUUAGCUGAAAAUUGAGAUUUUCUAGUUCUAGAUUCAGAAAAUGCUGAAAAUUUUGAAUUUCCAGUCGAAUUUUCAGAUUUUCUAGUUCCAGACUUGAUUUUUAAUGAAAAAUCUGAAAUUCUGUCUGAAAAUUGAGAUUUUCUAGUCCUAAAUGAUGAAAUUACUGAAUUUCAAGCCAAAUUUUCAGAUUUUCUAGUCCUAGACUCAGUUUUUCAUGAAAAAUCUGAAAUUCUGGCUGAAAAUUGAGAUUUUCCACCUCACUUGAUAUAUUUUCCCAUAUUUUCCUCUUUGCUAACCAGAUUUCCAUGUUUUUCCCCGAAAACUAUUUUUUUUCACAUUUUUUCACUUUUUUUGGACAGUACAGUAGUAAUUUAUGACAUGACCACUUAUUUUUGGAUAUGUAAUGGAUUUUUGUUUUUUUUUUGGAUAUAACUAGUUUUGGGGGUAAUUUUGGGGCAUUUUUUCGCUAGAAAAUUGGAUUUUUGGGAAAUUUUGGAUUUUCAGCUGGAAAUUCAGAUUUUUCAGCCAAAUUCUGAGCUUGAAACCUAAUUUUCUGGAAUUUUCAUGAAAAACUAGGUCUGGAACCUGAAAAUCUUAAAUUUUAGCUGGAAAUUUGAAUUUUUCAGCAUUUUUUGACCCUGGGCUCUGAAAAUCUGAAGUUUCAGCCUUAAUUCAGAUUUUUCAGCAAAUUUUGAACCUGGGAUCUACAAAUCUGAAAUUUUAGCUGGAAAUUCAGAUUUUUUAGCUAAAUUUGAGCCUGAAACCUCAUUUUCUGGAUUUUUCAUGAAAAAUUAGGCCUGGGACCUGAAAAUCUGAAAUUUUAGCUCAAAAUUCCAGAUUUUUCAUAAUUUUUCACUUUUCAGCUUCUCCCUCAAUUUCAAGAAUCGAUAGAAGAUCACAAUCUGUCAGAUCGCAUAAAAGUGGUGAGUUUUUGUAGUUUUUCGGCUGAAAAUCUGGAAUUUUUGGCUGAAAAUGAGCAUUUCUGCUGAAAAAUUCACAAUUUUUCACCUACAGUACCCCCUGCUCUCUGAUUACAGUAACCUCCACUCAAUCCACAACAUCUACAGUAACCUCGCGCGCCUCAAGACCCAGAUCAUUUUUGAGAUCGCUUUUAUCAUUUGGAAGUAAGGAAUCGCCAGGAAUCGCGAAAAAACAGAUUGGUAAGUCUGAAAAUCUGAAAAUUUGGCUGAAAAUGAGCUGAAAAUCGUGAUUUUCAGCCAAAUUUGACCCAAAAGUCUGAAAAUCUGAAAAUUUUCCAGAUUCCACACCACAGGAAUAUUUUGCACCGUGGGAUCAGGGAUUUGGACGACAAGUGAGAAGGUAGGCGAAUUUUUGCCACGUGGAAUAUUGAUUUUUGAAAAAUUUGGGAAAUUUCACGUUUUUUGACACCAAAUAUGCCCUGGGUUACUGUAGGUAGAAAUUUGGUCCUUAACUGAGUAUCUAACUCAAGGUACGCAGCCAAAUUUGACUGCGUACCUCGUUUGGCUGAGUAUCAAACGUGUUUUUUUGUUUUUUGUCUCAACCAAAAAAUUAGCACCCCAUUCUGUGAGAUUUAUAUAUUUAUCCAAAGAAAAUCUGAGAGAGAGAUAUAAAAUGAGCAAUGAUAAAUUAUCCUAUCUCAAAAAGAUUUUCUGAACAAAUGCUUCCCACUUUUUGUUGAGAGAAAAAGCGAUUAAUUAGAAAAAGUCCCGAAAAAAAUGGCCAAUAUUUUGAUAUCACUUUGUUGGUGGGUUUUUUGGUGGGAAAAUUCUGGGAUUUUUGGGUGAAAAUGGGGUGAAAAUUGAUGAAAAUCAUGAAAAAUUAGCCAGAAAUCUUGUUUUUUAACCUGAAUUUGAUGAAAAUUGGAAAAAACAAGAUUUCUGGCCAGAAAUUGGGUGAAAAUUGGCCAGAAAUCUUGUUUUUGAACGGAAUUUGAUAAAAAACAAGGUUUUUUGGCUAAAAUUGGCCAGAAAUCUUGUUUUUUACUUGAAUUCGAGAAAAAACAAGAUUCCUGGCCAAAAAUUGUGUUUUUUUACUUGAAUUUGAUAAAUAUUGAAAUAAACAAGGUUUUCUGACCAAAAAUCCGGAAAAUUGGCCAGAAAUCUUGUUUUUUAACCUGAAUUAGAUAAAAAUUGAAAAAAAACAAGGUUUUCUGGCCAAAAUUUCAACGAGAAACCUGAUUUUUAUCAAUUUUUUAGCCAAAAAUCUGGAAUUUUGACCUGAAAAUGACCUAGAAAUCGGGUUUUCAUCAUUUUCCCGCCAAAAAUAUCAUUUUUUUUUCUCAAAACAAAAAAAAAUCACAAAUUGUAAUAUAUAAGAUAAGUGCGUUCUUUUUAUGAAUCACAUUUUUUUUGCCAUUUUUUGGCCACAAAAACAUUGGGAUAGAAAAAGGGAAGGAAAAUGAUGAAUCAUUCCAUACUUUCCUCUCUUUUUUAUCAGUUUUUUUUUUAGAUUUGUAACAUUUUUUGGGUUUUCUGGACUAAAAAGUGGAUUUUUGAACUGAAAAUUUGGAAUUUUCAUGAAAAAUUGACUGAAAAUCUUGAAUUUUUAUAGAUUUUCAGUAUAAAAAUGUGAUUUUCAACCUGAAAUUCAAUUUUUUUCAAAUUUUCUCAGAAAAACUGGUUUUUACCCAUCUAAUAUAAUUUUUUGAUGUGUUUUUCACUUAAUUAGCCAAUUUUUUCCGACCUGAAAUUAAUUUCAGGUUUUUUUCACAUAAAAAUUCAAAUUUUUCAGCAAAAUUUGAUUUUAAGACUGGAAAAUCUGAAUUUUUAGCCGAGUUUUUUGAAAUUGAUUAAGUUUGAGCUCAAAAUUCCUGAAAUUUCAUGAAAAAUGUCAAAUUUGGGCUCAAAAUGCUCCGAAUUUCUCAUUUUCAGCCUAAACAAUCUGAAAUUAAUUUCAGCAGUCGCUCAGCUUUCGACAUCACUCAACCGCCACCUCAGGGAUUUUUGGCCGCGCCAAAAAUCCCCUCAAAAUCCAAUUUUGACGACGAAAACUAUACGAAAGGCUGGAGACAGGUAAAAUUAUCAAUUUUCGCUGUAAAUCUCGAAUUUUCAGCCAAAAUCUCGAAUUUUCAGCCAAAAUCUCGAAUUUUCAGCCAAAUUUUCAGAUUUUUCAUGAAAUUUUGGAUUUUUGCAGGAUUCUGACGUCAAAAAAUCGCCUGGCUCAAGAUCGAAUCGAUCCGAAUCGAUGAAGACGUUCAAGCCGAUUUAUGAUGGUUGGUUGGGGGUUUUGGGCUGAAAAUCUGGAAAAAUCUGGAAAUUUGGAGCAUUUUGAGCUAAAAUUUAUGAAAAUCUGAAAAUUUGGAGCAUUUUGAGCUAAAAUUCAUGAAAAUCUGAAAAUUUUGAGCAUUUUGAGCCAAAAUUCAUGAAAAUCUGAAAAUUUGGAGCAUUUUAAGCCUAAAUUCAUGAAAAUCUGAAAAUUUGGAGCAUUUUGAGCCAAAUUUCGAAAAAAUCUGAAAAUUUGGAGCAUUUUAAGCCAAAAUUCAUGAAAAUCUGAAAAUUUUGAGCAUUUUGAGCCCCAAUUCAAGAAAAUCUGAAAAUUUGGAGCAUUUUAAGCCAAAUUUCGAAAAAAUCUGAAAAUUUGGAGCAUUUUGAGCCAAAAUUCAUGAAAAUCUGAAAAUUUUGAGCAUUUUGAGCCAAAAUUCGAGAAAAUCUGAAAAUUUGGAGCAUUUUGAGCCAAAAUUCAUGAAAAUCUGAAAAUUUGGAGCAUUUUGAGCCAAAAUUCGAGAAAAUCUGAAAAUUUGGAGCAUUUUAAGCCAAAUUUCGAGAAAAUCUGAAAAUUUUGAGCAUUUUGAGCCAAAUUUCAAGAAAAUCCGAAAAUUUGGGGCCUAAUUUCAUGAAAAAUUCAAAUUUCCCGCCAAAAUUUGACCUACAGUACCCCCAAAUUACAGUACCCUCGGCCUCUUCCUCAAAUUCACCAAAUUUACGACCCCUGACACUGCGUCAAAGCGGAGUGUCGUUGGAAAAUAUGAAUGGACAACGAUUGGCGUUUCAUAAUGAAAGUAGUCCUGGACCUGGUAGGCUUUUGGGCUUUUCUAGGCUUUUCGGGCUUCCAGGCCGUUUUUAGGCUUUUAGGCCUAAAAUCCGGGCUUCCGGGCCGUUUUUUGGGCCAAAAAUCGAAUUGGGCCGUUUUUGGCCUAAAACGGCCCAUUUUCAGCCUGUAAUUGAAAUUUUUCAGCCCGCAUUCCAAUGACACCGCCAGCCAAUGGAAAUGAUCCACAAACGAUUCGAAAUUGUGUGGAGGAGCUCAGAAGGAAAAGGUACCGGUUUCAGGGCUGAAAAUGGCUGAAAAUCGUGAAAAUCGACCUGAAAUUCAGGUUUUUCGAUGAAAAUUGACCUAAAAUUAGCCGAAAAUCGUUAAUUUUGACCCUAAUUAAGGAAUUUACGCAAAAAUUACCUUAAUUACCUUAAUUCUGUUGAUUGGCUUCUUAAUUACCCUAAUUUUAAGUUAAAUUGACCUUAAGAACCUUAAUUUUUUCACUCAAAACCCUUAAAUUCAGCCUUAAAGGUGGACUGCGAGGAAAAAUGAAGUUUCCCUUUAUUUCUAGCAGCUCCUAUUUUCAAAAAAUGAGCGUUUACGCAAAAAAUUAGAAAAAAGUAGCAUCGCAGCGAGAAAACACACAGAAACCGCCAUGAGGAUACGAGGAAGUGGUGAGGCAAACGCGCUCUAGCGAACAAGCGGCACGUUUGAAUUUUCUGUGUGUCUUUCUCGUUUUUUCAGCGUUCAACCUUUUCAAGCAAAAUACAAGGAGAAAAAUGAAUUUUGAGCAUAAUAACUUCACACAAAAAGAAAAAGGAGAAGAUUCUCUACCUAAUCAGCGAUUAGAAAUCGUGAAAUAAGCAAUUUUCAGCUUUUUUCUCCCAGUUCAAAAUUAAUGUCAGCAAUAUUUCGAAAACAAUACAUAAAAUAUAUCAAUUUGUUCCUUUCUCACUCAGGAAUAUCAAUAAGCAUGAAAAAAUUCUUGAAAAUCAAAAAUUUCACGUUUUUGGGUUGAAAAACGUAAAACAAUGAAAAUUCACACACUUUCGACAAACACACAAAUUGACGCGCAAUUGCAGACGGUUUUUGUGUGCUUCGGCGCUGUCCACCUUUAAUUUGUGUUAAUUAGCUUCUAAAUUGGAAAUAAACCUAAUUUUAGCCCUAAUGACCUUAAGAACCUUAAUUUUUCACUCAAAACCCUUGAAUUCAGCCUUAAUUUGUGUUAAUUAGCUUCUAAGUUGAAAAUAAACCUAAUUUUAGCCCUAAUGACCUUAAGAACCUUAAUUUUCUACCUAAAAUUUGAAAAAUACUUGAAAAAAACCAGUUUUUUUUCUUUUUUUCUCAAAAACUAAACAAAUAUCACAUGAUAUCCCCCGAAAUUUCCUGACAGUUUUUUUUCGCAAAAAAAUUUUUUUUUCACAUUUUUUUGUGUGUGUAAAAGAAGAAAAGAUUAACAUAAUCACUUUGUCUUUUUCGCUUUUUUCUCUAUUUGUUUUGAGAAUACAAAUAGAGAAAUUUGUGGGUUCUGCACGGUGUUUUGGACGAAUUUUGAGUGAAAAUUCGAGGUUUUUCGAGUAUUUUUGAGCUAGAAUUGGUUUUAGGAUGAUUUAGCCUAACUUUGGCUCAUUUUUCAUGAUUUUUGCACCAAAAUUCAUCAAAAUUCACCAUUUUUAGCCCUAGAAUUGAUUUUAGGUUGAUUUUGGCCAAUUUUUCAUCAAAUUUAAGGGUAUUAGGUGAAAAUUUAAGGUUUUUCGGGUUUUUUUGAGCUAGAAUUGAUUUUAGGUUGAUUUAGCCUAAAUCUAGGUAUUUUUCCAUGAUUUUUGCACCAAAAUUCAUCAAAAUUCACCAUUUUCAGCCUAAAAUCCCAAUAUUUUCAGACUACAAUCCACCAAUGAAAUGUUGCUUCAACCCUAUAACACAAAUUCAUCAAAUAGUGCAAAUUCCACCCCGCUGAUUUCAAUGAGGUAGGAAAAUUUGAAAAAUUCAGAGAAUUUCCAGUUUUUUGAACCUAAACAUGAAUUUUUGAACCUAAACUUGAAUUUUAGCUCAAAAAAUGCAGAAUUUUUCAGAUUUUCAGCUUGAAAUUCAAUUUUCAGCUGAAAAUUCCAGAUUUCCUCAAAUUUCCCACAUUUUCAGACGUCGAAACAAUGGUCAGAAGACGAGUUUUGCUGGAAUUCAAAAACAAAAAUCGGAUCACAGAUUAUCAGUGCCGAAUUUGAUUGCGGCCACAAAUCCACUGAUUCCGAGACAAGAUGAGCAAAUGGUGAGUGUUUUGGGCAAAAAAUUGAGAAAAUUGAGCAUUGCUCAUGUUAAAUUUGAAACAUUUGAGAAAUUCUGAAUAUUUUGAGCCAAAAAUUAAGAAAAUUGGAAAAUUUUGAAGCAUUGCUCAUGUUAAAUUUAAAAAUUUUGAGAAAUUCUGAAUAUUUUGGGUCUGAAAUUGAGAAAAUUGGAUAAUUUUGAGCAUUGCUCAUGUUAAAUUUGAGAAAUUCUGAGCAUUUUGAGCCAAAAAAUGGAGAAAAUUGGAAAAUUCUGAGCAUUUUGAGCCAAAAAUGGAGAAAAUUGGAAAAUUCUGAGCAUUGCUCAUGUUAAAUACGAAAAAUCGAUUUUUAAUGAUAUUUUGAAGCAUUGCUCAUGUUAGCUUGAAAAAAUCCGAAAAUUUGACAUUUUUCUGACUAAUAUGAGCAAUGCUUCAAAAUUUUCCGAUUUUUAUGAAUUUUAGCUCAAAAUUCAUCAAAAAUCCCAGAUUUUCAGCCAGAAAAUCGAAAAAAUCUGAAAUUUUCCCAAUUUUGCAGACAACAAUAAACGAAGGCCUCGUAACUCCACUGGUCCGCCGAAAAAUGUUCAUUUCGGCCCAAAAAUCGGCCGAAAAUCGAAAUUCGAAAAUGAUUGCCGAAGUUGAGGGAGUUUGUGUUGAAGCGGGAGAAGUUGCGAAGAGACGAGAGGUACGGUAGGGGAAUUGGGCUGAAAAUCAGGAAAAUUUGACUGAAAAUGAUGAUUUUUCAGCUGAAAAUCUGAAAAUUUGACUGAAAAUGAUGAUUUUUAAGCCAAAAUUCACUUUUUUUUCAGGUUCUUGAAGCUCUGAUCGAUCGAAGGAAACAAACAUCAGGAGACAAGAGAAUGUGAGUGAUUUUUGGGCUGAAAAUUCUGAAUUUUUCAUCAAAAAUGGGCCUAGAAAGCCUGCAAAUGGUCUAGAAAGCCUGGAAAUUAUCUAGAAGGCCUGGAAAUGCUCCAGGAAGCCUAGAAUAGGUCUAGAAAGCCUGAGAAAUGGUCUAAAAAGCCUAGAAAUGGUCUAGAAGGCCUGGAAAUGGUCUGGGAAGCCUGAAAAUGGCCGAGAAAGCCUAGAAAGCCUGAAAAUGGUCUAGAAAGCUCGAAAAUGGCCUAGAAAUUCAAAUUUUCCUGGAAAGUUCCGGUUCUUAUUAUACUAUAAUAAUAAUAACCCCAUUAAAACUUUUUUCUUAUUGUUAUUGUUAUUUUUUUUUCUCUUUUCCUAAGCCUAACAAUAUGUCUAAGCCCAAGUUUUUUUGUGGAAGUUAGCCUAACUGGUUUUUGCUGUUGCGCGCCUGACAACAGAAAAAUAGCGUUUUUUUCACCAAUUGAAGCUUCUUCUCCUUCUGUUCUAUUAUAAUAAUAUGAAAUAGGCCCAAUUUUUGUUUGUUUAAGCGAAAAAAAAGAAGGCAGGAAGAGUCGGCAGCCUGUUUUAUUGCUCAUUUUGAGCUCGAGCACGUGACGUGGAUUUUUGACGCGGAAAAUUUUUGAAUUUUGGAGCUUUGGCGCUAGUUUUUAAUGGAAAUUACGUGAAAAUUGAUGAAUUUUGAGCUGAAAUUGGACUUUUGACUGAAAAUUUGCUUGAAAAUGUGAUUUUUCAUGAAUUUUAACCCUAAAUUCCAAUUUUCAUCGAAUUAUCAAGUUGCGCGCCUAAAAAUGACCAAAAUUUGUAAUUUUUCAUGAAUUUCUAUCCUAAAUCCUUUAUUUUUCCUUAUUUUUGAAUUUUUCUGUGAAAAUUAUGAUUUUAUCAUGAAUUUCUAGCCUAGAAUUGCCACGUGGCAAAUUUUUCAAAUUUUUUUUCACAAAAAAAAAUUUGCUCGACCUUCCCAUACUUACUCAUUUCUCCUCCAUUGCGUCAUAAACCCAUUUUCCCCAAAAAAAUUUUUUUUUUUUUUUUGAAAAUUUGAUCUUUUUGUGAUCUACCAGCGCUAAUUUGUGGGGAUUUUUGGGUUUCAAUUGAUUUUUGAUGAAAAUUUUGCAAUUUUCGGGCUUUUCUCCAUGAAAAUGUGGAUUUUUAAUGAUUUUUAAGAGAAAAUUUGCUUUUGGAAGCUCAAAAAUGCAAUUUUUCACAAUUUUCACCCCAAAAUUGCCAAUUUUUCACCAAUUUUUUCACCAAAACCAGCAAAUUUCCCCAUUUUCCACACCAACAUCUGUCACCUUUUUGAUUAUUCAAUGAAAAUUUGUAUUGAAAGAAAAAAGGGGGGAUAGGCUUUUAAUUAAGUGGGUUAGGCUUAACCCACGCUUUUAUUGUUUUUCGAGUGGAUUUCUGGUUUUUUCUGGGUUUUGGAGUCAUUUUUGACCAGAAAAUCUAGAAAAUCCUGAAUUUCUGGACCAAUUUCUGGCUUUCUAGGCCAUUUUUAGGCUUUCAGGCCAUUUUUAGGCUUUCUAGGCCAUUUUCAGAUUUCCUAGGCUAUUUUUAGACUUUCUAGGCCAUUUUUAGGCUUCCUAAGCCAUUUUCAUCAUUCCUAAGCCAUUUUCAGGCUUUCUAGAACAUUUCUAGGCUUCCUAGACCAUUUUUAGGCUUUCUAGACCAUUUUAGGCUUCCUAGGCCAUUUUUAGGCUUAUUUUUCAUCUAAAAUCGGAAUUUUCGAUGAAAAAUGACCUGAAAUUUAUUGAAUUACAGCUUCCUUUAAAAAUCCCAAACUCCUGGCUAAUUUUUGACCUAAAAAUCAAAUUUUUAGUGAAAAAUGCUAUAAUUUGGCUCUAGAGCCUAUUUUUGACCAGAAACAUGAUUUCCUGGCUAAUUUUUGACCUAAAAUUGAUAUUUUCCAUAAAAAAUCCUGAAUUUAGCCUAACUUUUGCCCCCAAAAUUCCCCAUAAAUCUUUUUUCCCCUUUUUCCUAACAAAACAUGGUAAUUGAACCGGAAAAUGUUGUUUUCCUCCUUUUUUCUCUCGUUUUUUGACCUUGUCUGGUCAAAAACAAGGUAAUUAACUAUUUUCCUCCGAUUUUUCCAUGUUUUUCGCUUUUUUUUGAAAUUCUGCCGAAAAAUGAGUUUUUUCCGCAUUUUGUUCCACUUUUUCAAACAAUUUUUGGAUUUUAACAAUGUUUCAAGUGGAUUUUGCCCACUUUUGGGAAGGUCAAUUUGAAUUUCGAUUCAUUUUUCAUGGUUUUAACCAACAUAUGGUGUGUAAUUUGUUUUGAAAGGUUUUUGAAUCGAAAAUUCGCGAAAAUCUGGUGUUUUUGGACAGAAAAUUGGAUUUUUUGGGGCUAUUUUGGCCCUAGAAGCCUAGAUUUUUGGUCUAGAAGCCUAGAUUUUUGGUCUAGAAGCCUGAUUUUUGGUCUAGAAGCCUGAUUUUUGGUCUAGAAGCCGAAAAAAUGAAAUUUUCGUCAUUUUUUGGACUUUGACAUGAAAUUUUGUGAUUUUUCGAAAUAAUUAUGAAAUUUCAAAAUGUCAACAUUUUUCACAAUUUCAAUUAGCCUAAUUACACAUUUCCCACCGGAAAAUGUUCCCUUUUCGGCCUUUUAAUUAUAAUUAUUAGUUCUAUCCGCCCAGGAAAUGUUUACCUUUGAGUUAGCCUAACUACCUGCAUUUUCCCGGUGAAAUUUGGAGCAUUUUUGAGCUAUUGCUCAUAUUAGAGCUCCAGAAUUGAUUUUUAAUGGAUUUUUGGGCAUUUUUGAGCUCUAGAGCAUAAUUUAGAUGAUUUUUUAGGCAUUGCUCAUGUUAAUCCCCAAAUUUUCGCGCAUUUUGUGCACCAUGUGUGUGCUCUUUUUUUUUUUGUUUUUACCUACUUUUAUUAUGCACACCCCAUAAUAAUAUAUUAUUUUGAUGAAAAAGGUGACACCUGUCACUUUUUUUCGAUAUUUUGGGUGUGAAUUAUUGAUUUUCUGGACAGAAAAUUGGUGUUUUCUGGACAAAAAUUGGUGUUUCUGGCUAAAAAUUUCUGUUUUUUGAUAAAAUUUCGUGUUUUCUGGACAAAAAUUCUGGUUUUUGUACAGAAAUUGUUGUUUUUGUACAGAAUUUCUUGUUUCUGGCCAGAAAUUGGUUUUUUUGUACAGAAAUUGCUGUUUUUGGCCAAUUUUGAGCUUUAAAGGUCGAAAAAACAACUUUAAGCCGAAAAUUGGCAGAGUUUCAAAGAAAUGUUGCAAUUUUCCCACAAAAUGUCACUUUUUCCGCAUUUUUCCCCAAGAAACAUCUGUUGUUUUUGAUGGGAGGCGAAAAUCUGGAGAAAUUCGAUCCACCCCGUAUCAUUUUCGCUCCAGAUCCCAGAUUUUCGGGAAAUUUGAGCCUAGAGCUCUCAAGUGUUAAUUAGUGUGCUCAAAAAUGCGAUUUGAGCCAAAAUUCGGGUUUCUAGGUCAUAUUUUCUCUUCCAAACUCGAAAUUUGGUUUCCUAGGCCAUAUUUUCUCUUCCAAACUCGAAAUUUGGUUUCCUAGGCCAUAUUUUCUCUUCCAAACUCGAAAUUUGGUUUCCUAGGCCAUAUUUUCUCUUCCAAACCCGAAAUUUGGGUUUCUAGGCCAUAUUUCCUCUUCCAAACUCGAAAUUUGGUUUCCUAGGCCAUAUUUUCUCUUCCAAACUCGAAAUUUGGUUUCCUAGGCCAUAUUUUCUCUUCCAAACUCGAAAUUUGGUUUCCUAGGCCAUAUUUUCUCUUCCAAAUGGAUUUCUAGGCCAUAUUUUCUCUUCCAAACUCGAAAUUUGGUUUCCUAGGCCAUAUUUUCUCUUCCAAACUCGAAAUUUGGUUUCCUAGGCCAUAUUUUCUCUUCCAAACCCGAAAUUUGGGUUUCUAGGCCAUAUUUCCUCUUCCAAACUCGAAAUUUGGUUUCCUAGGCCAUAUUUUCUCUUCCAAACUCGAAAUUUGGUUUCCUAGGCCAUAUUUUCUCUUCCAAACUCGAAAUUUGGUUUCCUAGGCCAUAUUUUCUCUUCCAAAUGGAUUUCUAGGCCAUAUUUUCUCUUCCAAACUCGAAAUUUGGUUUCCUAGGCCAUAUUUUCUCUUCCAAACUCGAAAUUUGGUUUCCUAGGCCAUAUUUUCUCUUCCAAACCCGAAAUUUGGGUUUCUAGGCCAUAUUUCCUCUUCCAAACUCGAAAUUUGGUUUCCUAGGCCAUAUUUUCUCUUCCAAACCCGAAAUUUGGUUUCCUAGGCCAUAUUUUCUCUUCCAAACCCGAAAUUUGGUUUCCUAGGCCAUAUUUUCUCUUCCAAACCCGAAAUUUGGUUUCCUAGGCCAUAUUUUCUCUUCCAAACCCGAAAUUUGGUUUCCUAGGCCAUAUUUUCUCUUCCAAACCCGAAAUUUGGUUUCCUAGGCCAUAUUUUCUCUUCCAAACUCGAAAUUUGGUUUCCUAGGCCAUGUUUUCUCUUCCAAAUGGAUUUCUAGGCCAUUAUUCUCUAAAUCUCUCCAUUUUUUACAGUCCCUCGUCGUCUUCCUCAAAUUCCACGUCAUCAACUUCUUCCGGAGGCGCGGAAUCUGAAUUGAUUUGGAGACAACGCGCGGCAGCCGCGUCGCAUCCGCAUCCGCAUCCGAAAAUCGUGGCAAAAGUGUUGCCGACACCGCAAGCUCGCCAGCGUCAAAUUUCGGCCGCCGCGAUGAUUUCGCUCGCCGCCUGCGACUCUUCCACCGCAUCUUCCGCGUCAGACUAUGCGCAACUUGCGGAUUUUGACGCCGCGCGGCGGAAAUUCGCCGCCGCGUCUUCCGCCGAAAUCGAAGAUGAUACACUGUCUGUUGCCGGUACUGUAUUCAAUGAACCGUGGGAUUCGAAUGUGUGGGAGAAUUUGUUGGAUUUGGCACAUCAUGGAGAUCAGCAGACGAAUGAGACUGGAAUCAGUGAGUGUUUUUGGGCCGGGCCUGAAAAUUUGGGAUUUUUUGAGCCCGGAUAAGCCUAGGGUUGAAAAUUGCAGAUUUUUUGAGCCCGAAUAAGCCUAGGCCUGAAAAUUUGGGAUUUUUUGAGACCGGAUGGGCCUAGGCCUGAAAAUUUGGGAUUUUUUGAGCCUAAACAUGGCUAUAGGCUUUUUUAGCGCAAAAAUUUUGAAAUUUGAAUUUUUAUCUGAAAAAUCCACGUGGCAAAAAAAUUUUUUCGAAAAUUUUUAAAAUUCAAAAUUUCGCUCUUAAAAAACUGGAUUACUGUAGCUCAAGUUUCUGGCGAGAAACUUGAACAUUUGAAUUUUUCUUCUAAAAAAUCCACGUGGCAAAAAAUGUUUGAAAAAUUUGAAAAUUCAAAAUUUCGCUCCUAAAAUAUUGGAUUACUGUAGCUCAAGUUUUUAGCGCGAAAAUUAAAUUUUGAAUUUUUCUUCUAGAAAAAAUCCACGUGGCAACAAAAUUCUUCAGAAUUUUUUUUAAAAAAUUAGAAAAUUCAGAAAUUUUCGCGCGUAAAUUACUGGAUUACUGUAGCUAAAGCUUCUGGCGGGAAAAUUGAACAUUUGAAUUUUUUUCUCAAAAAUCCACGUGGCAAAAAAGCCUAUAGUGAUGUUUGGGCUCAAAAAACGUGGAUUUUUCGGGCCUAGGCUUAUUCGGACUCAAAAAAGCCCGAAUUUUCGGCCCCCAAAAGCCCCCUCAACAUAUUUUUUGUUUCCAGAAUUAUCAGAUGCAAUUCAAGAAGAAUCAGAUAAUGCAAUGGAUUCAGAAGAAGAUUCAGAAGCUGAAGAUGUAGAUAUUGAAAUGCCGUGGCCAGAAAAUCACGCGAGAAAAUUGCCAAGUGAUCGGGUUACUGUAAAAGGAUGGGAUGCCCAAGCACCCAAAUACAGUACCCUGGAUAGUCGUGGCGGGUCUCGACGCGAAGAGACUUAUUCAGUUAAAUCGCUUCCCCGCACACUUUCCCGUUAUUCUGGAAGCACUGGAAAUAUCGGAGCAUCGUUUGGAUCGAUUGAUGAUUUGCCAACAACACUUCCAGCUUCUUGUUGUUGUUCACCGGUUUUGGGAAUGAGAAGAGCUGGAAGUUCGGUUGGAACAACUAGUCAGAAGAAUGUGAAUGCACAUGCACAGGGACAGGGAAUUGGAAAAAAUGUGCAGAAUUAUGUGGAACAGUGGGUUGUUUUGGGGGGAUUUGGGGGAAUUUUUGAGCUCCUGGAGCUGGAAAUUUGAAUUUCGGAUGAUUUUUGAGCUCUGGAAGGGAUUUUUGAGCUCUGGGAGGUGGAAAAUAGAAUUGUGGAUCAUUUUUGAGCCCCAGAACCUAAAAAUUGAACCUAGGAGUGAUUUUUGGCUCCCUGGAGCUGGAAAUUUGAAUUUUGGACGAUUUUUGAGCGCUGGGAGUGAUUUUUGAGCUCCUGAACUCAAAAAUUGAAUCUAGGAGGGAUUCUUGAAUUCUGGGACCUGGAAAAUUGAACCUAGGAGCCAUUUUUGAGCUCCUGGAGCUGGAAAUUUGAAUUUUGGACGAUUUUUAGGCUUAGGGAGGGAUUUUGCAGGUCCUAAAACUGAAAAUAUGAGUUUUGAGUGAUUUUUGAGCUCUGGGGGUGAUUUUUGAGCUCCAAGACUCGAAAAAUUGAAUCUAGGAGCCAUUUUUGAGCUCCUGGAGCUGGAAAUUUGAAUUUUGGACGAUUUUUAGGCUUAGGGAGGGAUUUUGCAGGUCCUAAAGCUGAAAAUUUGAAUUUUGAGCCAUUUUUGAGCUCUGAGAGUGAUUUUUGAGCUCCCGAACCUAAAAAUUGAAGCUAGAAGUGAUUUUUGAGCUCCGGGAAGUGAAAAUUUGAAUUUUGGACGAUUUUUGAGCGCUGGGAGUGAUUUUUGAGCUCCUGAACUCAAAAAUUGAAUCUAGGAGGGAUUCUUGAAUUCUGGGACCUGGAAAAUUGAACCUAGGAGCCAUUUUUGAGCUCCUGGAGCUGGAAAUUUGAAUUUUGGACGAUUUUUAGGCUUAGGGAGGGAUUUUGCAGGUCCUAAAACUGAAAAUAUGAGUUUUGAGUGAUUUUUGAGCUCUGGGGGUGAUUUUUGAGCUCCAAGACCGAAAAAUUGAAUCUAGGAGCCAUUUUUGAGCUCCUGGAGCUGGAAAUUUGAAUUUUGGACGAUUUUUAGGCUUAGGGAGGGAUUUUGCAGGUCCUAAAGCUGAAAAUUUGAAUUUUGAGCCAUUUUUGAGCUCUGAGAGUGAUUUUUGAGCUCCCGAACCUAAAAAUUGAAGCUAGAAGUGAUUUUUGAGCUCCGGGAAGUGAAAAUUUGAAUUUUGGACGAUUUUUGAACUCCCAAUUCCGAAAAAAUGAGUUUUGAGUGAUUUUUAAGCUCCUGGAUCUAGAAAUUUGGAUUUUGGAUGAUUUUUGAGCUCUGAAACCUGAAAAAUGCUCCGAACCGUGUAUUUUGGACAGUUUUUCACCAAAAAUGCUUCCAAAAGCCCAGAAAUCAUCCAAAAAGCCUGAAAAUGCUCCCAAAAGCCCAAAAAUGCUCCCAAAAGUCUAGAAAUGCUCAAAAUUUCACUAAAAAUGCAAUUUUUGACUAUUUUUCACGAAAAAAUGCUUCUAAGAAUCCCAAGAAUCAUCCGAAGAGCCCAGAAAUUCAAUUUCGGACCAUUUUCCACCAAGAAAUUCAGAUUUUCAGCCUAAAAAUCCCUCAAAUUUCUUCCAGACUUGCUCAAAUCCUUCAUGGUUCAAAUGCAUGUUUUGGUCAAACUCUUCGUCAAUUUAUUCAAUGUACAAAAGAUACAAAAGAAACAGAUCCAUCAAUUGUAGUUCGAAAUGUUCGACAAUUUAUAAAUGGAAUGAAAAACUAUUUGGUAAAACAUGGAGAAGGAGAUUUGCAUCAAAUAAUUGAUGAAGAAUCAGCAAGACUUAAUUCAAAUCAAAUUUUGAAUAUUGAUGCAGUUUUGGAAGCAAUUUUACAUAAAUUAUUGUUGAAAGAAGUUAAACCAUUAUUAUAUCAUGUUAUGAUAAAAGAACAUUCGAAAAAUGGACAUUUACAAAUGAUUUCGACAAAUAUUGGAAUGGUUAGGAAAUUGACAUUGAAACAAAUGGGAUUUUCAAAUUCGGAGAAGGUAUGUUUGCAAUUUUUGGAGCAUUUUGACCUAAAAAUCAUGAAAAAUGGGGUUUUUUGAGCCCAGGACCGAAAAAAUUCGGAUUUUUGAGCUCGAACCCCAAAAAUUCACGUAUUUUGAGCCCUGGGGAGCAUUUUGAGCUCAAAAUUGUGAAAUUUGGGGGUUUUUUGAGCCCGGAUAAGCUUACACAGCAUUUUGACCUAAAAAUCAUGAAAAAUGGAGCAUUUUUGAGCCCAGGACCUGGAAAAUUUAGGAUUUUUGAGCCCAGAUAAGCCUUAACUCGAAAUUCGGACCAUUUUGAGCUCAAAAUCAUGAAAAAUGGAGCAUUUUUGAGCCCAGGACCUGAAAAUCCACGUUUUUUGAGCUCUAGAGAGCAUUUUGAGCACGAAAUCAUGAAAAAUGGGGUUUUUUGAGCCCAGAUAAGCCUAGAUUUGAAAUUUGGAGCAUUUCAAGCUCAGAAAUCAAAAUUUUCUACAAAAAAUUUGAAUUUCAUAAUUUCAGCACUGAAAUUGUUCUGAAAUUUUUGAAGAUUCGGAAUUUUGAGCAUGAAAAAUCUGUGAAAAUUCAUUUUUAGGUCGAAAAUCUGAAAAUUCUGAGCCUAGGCUUAUUUGGGCUUGAAAAACGUGGAUUUUCAGGCUCUAGGCUUGUUUAGACUCUAAAAACGUGGAUUUUCAGGCUCUAGGCUUAUUUAGGCUCAAAAAAUCUGAAAUUUUCAGCCAAAAAUCAAUAAUAAUUGCAGCUAAUCCCCCCGUCAUCUUCUACUCUGGAACAAGUCAAAUUGUAUAUGCGAAAAAUGCAGGGACACUAUUCACCUCUCAAAAAAUUGGAGAAUUUGAUGAAAUCUGUCUCGUUGAUAUUGGCAACUUGCCAAAAUCAGGAAAUUGAGGAAAAUGGUGAAGGAGCUGAUGGUGAGUGACAUUUUUGGUGGAAAUUUGGGAUUUUUGGGUGAAAAAUGGCCUAAAAAAGCCUAAAAGCCUAUUUCGGGCCCCAAAAGCCUGAAAUUUCGAAUUUUUGACCUUAAAUUGACCUAAAAUUCCGAAUUUUCGCUUCAAAAAGCCGUUAGGCCUAUUUGGGCCCCCUAAAAGCCUGAAAUUCGGGUUUUUAGCUGAAAUUUGACCUAAAAUUCCCGAAUUUUCGCUUCAAAAAGCCGUUAGGCCUAUUUUGGCCCCCCAAAAGCCUGAAAUUUGUGAUUUUAGGGUGAAAUUUGACCCAAAAUUCCGAAUUUUCCCUUCAAAAAGCCUUUAGGCCUAUUUUGGCCCCCAAAAGCCUGAAAUUUGUGAUUUUAGGGUGAAAUUUGACCCAAAAUUCCGAAUUUUCCCUUCAAAAAGCCUUUAGGCCUAUUUUGGCCCCCUAAAAGCCCCCAAAAGCCCCCUUUCUAUUUUCAGACCUUGUCCGUUGGCUUGUCUACAUUCUGGCGCGCACAUCUACAGUAGGCUGUGAAGUUGAAGCCUGGUACAUGUGGGAACUCCUUCCCCAACCAAUUCUCAUGCAAUCCGCCGCCAGUUUCUAUCUUACCGCCCUAUUUUCCGCAGUUCACGUGUUCAAAUCAGCGGAAGCCAUCAAAAGACUGUGCGAAAAUCGAGACGCCCCCAUUUUGAGCCCAAAUUCGGAGCCAUUUCGAACGUGCUCACCGCUUUUAUCAACUGCCACCCUGACACGUGGCAAGGGCCUGGCCCAGGCCCAGGCCCAGCCCGGUUUUCAGGCUUUUGUCAAAAUUGCGAUACCCGAUGAGACGCAAGGAUGUGUACGGUAUGCCACGUUUCCCGGUGUUCCGAUGUUGACCACGAAUAAAUUGAGCCGACUCAUUGCACAUCAACAGGGUAUUACGAACCCGGAGGAGCAUGGAUUGUGAGUACUGUAGAUUUGGGGGUACUGUAGGAGUACUGUAGGCGAGAAAAUUUGGAGCAUUUUAACACUGUAGUUACAGUAACCCUAGUCAUGUUUGGUGUUGAAAUGCUUCCACGUGGCACGGGUUACUGUAGGUCAGACAAAUUUGGAGCGUUUUGAGACCUACCUACAGUAACCUGGAUAAAUUUUGAAAUUCAAAAUUUUUGCGAUGCAAUUCCACGUGGCAAACAAAAUUUCACGGAAAAAAUUGAAUUUUUCAAAUUUCGCGCUCUAAUCAAAGGAUUACUGUAGUUUGGAUUACUGUAGAUCAUUAUAUUUUUGAAUUUUCAAAGCAAAAUUCAAAAUUGCCACGUCAUAGCUCAUUUUUUCGCAGAAUUUUUUGAAUUUUUCAAAUUUCGCGCUCAAAAAUUAUAGGAUUACUGUAGAUCAUUUUGCCGCCAGAAUUUUGAAAUUCAAAAUUUUUGUGAUGAAAAUCCACGUGGCAAACAGAAUUUCACGAAAAAAAUUUGAAUUUUUGAAAUUUCGCGCCGAAAAAUAUAGGAUUACUGUAGUUUGGAUUACUGUAGAUCAAUUUUUCCCGGAUUUUCGACCCCAGCCUUAUUUAUACUCGAAAAAUCCGAAAUUUUCAGAAAAUUUCAGAUUUUCAGCCUUAGAAAUCUUGAAAAUUCUGAAAUUUUGCAGAUAUUUGAUAGCGGAUGGUUUCGAAUCUUGUCUUCAACCCAAUGAUUGUCCAGUUCAAAUUCACGAACAAUUGAAAUGCGAACAGAAACCGCAUCUUUUUGCCUACAAACGACACGAGGCCAAAAUUGCAUGGCCACGCACCGCAUUUUAG